GUUGUUCCUACAAGCUUUUUGGUGUUGAUUUAUGUUUUAGUGAAUGUCUCAUUCGUGUAUUGUAAAGUCAAAAUCGCCAACCCCAUUUGGGAGCUUCUUUAUUUUUAAUUCACCAAUUUUUUUAAUGCAUUUGGUUCAAAGCUACAGCUUUUGAAAGAGAUGGCUUCUCUCAUCAAUCAUCAACUUCAUCACCACCCAAAUUUUCUGCUGCAUUUGUUGUGGCGACUUGGUCUUAGUGACAAUUCCCACCAGCCCUCACACCCUUUGUUAUUUCAUUUUCAACUUCAAGCUUGUUUCACCCUUGCUUCCUACUUAAGCUGUCACACCCAUCUGUUGUUUUCUGCUUUGUUCUUAAUAUUUUGUUCGAAGUUGGAGUCUUUUUCCAUUUUGGAUUCAAAUUUGCUUCCCUUGUCUCAGGGAGAGAAAAGUACCCUUCAUAGUUCAUGAGAGAUAUUUAAGAGUUUUGGUGAUUUUUGGCUUCCUGGGAUGUAUCUUUCAAAGGGUUGCAAGCAUGAAGUUGUUUUCAUCUUAUGGUUCUGUUGCUAUUUGCCACUUGCUGCUGCACAGAAUAAUAUCACUGACCCCACUGAAGUUGAAGCUUUGAAUGCCAUUAAGAAUAGUUUGAUUGAUGCUAAUGGAAAUUUGAGCAAUUGGAAUCGUGGAGACCCAUGUACGUCUAGGUGGAAAGGGGUUUUGUGCUUCAAUGUAACACAAGACGAUGGCUAUCUACAUGUUGAAGAAUUGCAACUACUGAGAAUGAACUUGUCCGGAACUUUGGCACCAGAUGUUGGCAAAUUAACUUAUCUGAAAAGAUUGAACAUUAUGUGGAACAACAUAAGUGGGAGUAUCCCAAAGGAAAUUGGCAAUAUCAAAUCUUUGGUGCUUUUGCUCCUGAAUGGAAAUAAUUUAACGGGUUCACUACCAGAUGAGCUUGGCUAUCUUCCAAACCUGGAUAGAAUACAAAUAGAUCAGAACCACAUCUCAGGACCUAUACCUACAUCAUUUGCAAACCUGAAUGUGACUAAGCACUUUCACAUGAACAAUAAUUCACUUAGCGGGCAAAUCCCACCAGAGCUUUCCCGAUUACCAAAGCUUGUUCACCUUCUUCUUGACAACAACAAUUUAUCAGGAUAUCUUCCCCCUGAGCUGUCCAAAAUGCCAAGCUUACUUAUCAUUCAACUUGAUAACAAUAACUUCAGUGGAAAUAGCAUUCCAGAUAGCUAUGCCAACAUGUCAAAGUUGUUGAAAAUGAGCCUUAGGAAUUGCAGCUUGCAAGGACCAAUUCCUGAUUUAAGCACGAUACCAAAACUUCUUUAUCUUGACCUCAGUUUCAACCAGUUGAAUGAAUCGAUUCCUCCCAAUAAGCUUUCUGGCAAUAUCACAACCAUUGAUUUAUCAAAUAACAAACUUACUGGAAAUAUUCCAUCCUACUUUUCUGAUCUUCCAAAUCUUCAGAUGUUGUCACUUGCAAACAACUCGUUGAAUGGCAGUAUUUCUUCCUCCAUUUGGCAGAAUAAGACUUUAAACGGAAGAGAAAAUUUUGUCUUGAAGUUGGAAAAUAAUAGUAUUACAACCAUAUUAGGCAGUAUUGAUCUUCCUCCAAAUGUCACAGUUGGGCUUGGUGGGAAUCCCAUUUGCCCAAAUACAACCCUGGUUCAGUUCUGUGGAUCUGAAGGUGCUAGUGUAAUAAAUGGCUCAUUUUCAACAAACUCCAGUUCCUGUCAAGUUCAAUCAUGCCCUCCUCCUUAUGAAUACUCUGUGAAUUGUUUCUGUGGGCUCCCAUUGCUUGUUGGUUAUCGGCUGAAAAGUCCUGGAUUUUCAGACUUUCGUCCGUAUUUGAACGAUUUUGAUCACUACCUGACUAAUGGUCUUGCAAUAUCUACCGAUCAGCUAGAAUAUGAUUUUUAUUGGCAAGCAGGACCUCGACUGAGAAUGGACUUGAAGCUUUUUCCUGCAUAUGUUGAUCAGAAUAGUAAUCAUACUUUCAAUAGUAGUGAGCUCCUACGGCUCACAGGCAUGUUCACAGGAUGGUUAAUUGCUGACAGUGAUUUGUAUGGGCCUUAUGAACUGAUUGGAUUUAAUCUUUUGGGUCCUUAUGCAGAUGUGAUUGGUUCCUCUUCAAAAUCACGGAUAAGUACUGGUGCACUGGUUGGCAUAAUCAUAGGCUCAAUAGCUUGUGCUGUGGCAUUAUCUGCAAUUGCUACUAUUCUUAUAGUAAGAAUAAGAUUGAGAGAUUAUCGUGCAAUUUCCAAACGACGUCAUGCAUCUAAGAUCUCAAUAAAAAUUGAUGGUGUAAGAGCCUUUACUUAUGGAGAAUUGUCCACCGCUACAAACAAUUUCAGCAGCUCUUCUCAAGUUGGACAAGGGGGCUAUGGAAAGGUUUACAAAGGUAUUCUUUCUGAUGGCACAGUUGUUGCCAUUAAACGUGCACAAGAGGGAUCCCUACAAGGUGAGAAGGAGUUUCUUACAGAGAUAUCAUUAUUAUCAAGGCUACAUCAUCGCAAUCUUGUGUCUCUGCUUGGAUACUGUGAUGAGGAAGGUGAACAGAUGCUGGUUUAUGAAUUUAUGUCAAAUGGCACACUAAGGGAUCACCUUUCUGUUACAGCAAAAGCACCUCUAAGUUUUGCCAUGAGAUUGAAGAUGGCACUAGGGGCAGCUAAAGGUCUUAUGUAUCUACACACAGAAGCGGAUCCUCCAAUAUUUCACCGAGAUGUCAAGGCCAGCAACAUAUUAUUGGAUUCUAAGUUCUCUGCAAAAGUGGCUGAUUUUGGACUUUCACGGCUUGCUCCAGUUCCUGAUAUUGAAGGAAUUGUGCCUGGUCAUGUGUCUACAGUGGUAAAGGGGACCCCGGGUUACCUUGAUCCAGAGUACUUCUUAACUCACAAGUUGACUGAUAAGAGUGAUGUUUAUAGUCUUGGUGUUGUAUUUCUGGAACUUUUGACUGGGAUGCAACCUAUCUCACACGGCAAAAAUAUUGUUAGAGAGGUUAAUGUUGCAUACCAAUCUGGUGUGAUAUUUUCAAUUAUUGAUGGACGUAUGGGGUCCUAUCCAUCUGAGCAUGUGGAGAAAUUUUUGGCUUUGGCCUUGAAAUGUUGUGAAGAUGAGCCGGAUGCACGGCCAAAAAUGGCAGAAGUGGUUAGAGAACUUGAAACCAUAUGGUCUACUAUGCCGGAAUCUGAUACCAAGAGGGCUGAAUCUUUGACAAGUGAUUCUGGUUCUGGCAAAAUAGACAUUCACAGUACACCAUCUUCAUCAUCUGCUAUGAAGACUCCUUUUGUAUCAGGAGAUGUGUCAGGUAGUGAUCUUGUUAGUGGUGUAAUACCAAGCAUCAAGCCAAGAUAGAACCACCAAUGUUGGAAAUGAUUAGCUUCUGUAAUUAUGGUCAAUCAAAUGAAGUAGUCAUUACCCUGUGAAUUGAUAAUGAGACCAAAUAGUACUAUUUUUCAUCUUUACUCUUUACGUAUUCUCUUCGUUGUACAAUAUCAUAGACUAAUAGAACAGUGGCUGGUAAAUAACAUGUCGAUUUUGUGCAUCAUUUAAGCUUUGGAGUGGUUUGUGUAGUGAUAGUUAAGUACUGGGAACUUUAAUUCCGUUUGAUGUAGCUUAUUCAGAUAUUUGAAGUAGAGCAAAUUUUGUAACAAUAUGAAAGUUAUGAUGGCAU